AUGAUGGCUCGACCUGACAUGACAGUCGGUCAGAUGGACUUGAUAGGUGAUUCAAACAAGACUACCCUCGCUGCGUGGAGUGAAGAAAGUCGUAGGAACGACUACUCAGAGCUCUGCAUAGAUACCAUCAUUCGAGAGCAGUGCGCGAUACGUCCUCACGCCGAAGCAGUCUGCUCACACGAUGGCAGCUUGACCUACUCGAAGCUUGAUGCCCUUUCCGAGAAGCUCGGACACCAUAUUCGGUCUCUAGGUAUCGGGCCUAACGUUGUCGUACCAAUUUGUCUCACGAAAUCCAUCUGGACGGUGGUUUCUAUCGUGGCUCUUCUUAAAGCGGGUUCUGCCUUCCUUCUGUUGGAUCCCACCCAUCCGGUCACACGCAUGGCUGCCAUGUGUGCGGAGAUCAAUGCACCGUACAUCAUCACCUCGACAGAACUAGAGCCCAUAGGCCACAAACUGGUCAAGUCAACAAUUGUGGUAGACCGGUUUGACGAACAAGCAGAUGUGGCGCCCCAACCAAGGCUGCCGCUCUUGACAAAGCCCGAAAACGCCGCCUACGUGGCAUAUACGUCGGGCUCGACGGGAUCGCCAAAGGGUGUAGUUAUUGAACAUCGUUCCUUUUGCGUCAACGCGUUGCUGGGCAGCCGGAUCCAGAACCUGAACGAAACAUCCCGGGUCCUGCAGUUCGCUUCAUAUGGGUUCGAUAUUAGCAUACAUGAGAUGCUUACCACCCUAAUGGUUGGGGGCUGUAUCUGUGUGCCUUCCGAAGCUCAGCGCGUCAACGACCUAAAGGGGUCUAUCACCGAUCUCCAAGUCAACUGGGUCGAAUUGACCCCAUCAGUGGCAAGGCAAUUGUGUCCCGAAACGGUGCCGGGCAUCCAAACCCUGAUUCUAGGGGGUGAAUGCAUGCUCGCUCGCGAUGUUACGACUUGGGCGGAUAAGGUGCAUCUGAUGGUGGCUUACGGCCCAGCCGAAUGCAGUGUAGUCACCACAGUCCAACGCAGCAUUCAUAUCCAGGAUAUCUACAACAUCGGUCGACCGUACAGCGCUCAUUGCUGGAUCGUGGAUCCAGGAAAUGUCGACCAGUUGCAACCUCUUGGCGCCGUGGGAGAAAUCGUCAUCAGCGGGCCCAUUGUCGGCCGAGGAUAUCUGAAUCAGCCUGACCAAGACGCCUUCAUAGAACGACCGCAAUGGGCUUCCUCUUUCUCAAUCACUGAUGGCACGCGGUUCUACAGGACGGGUGACCUAGCAUGGUACAACCUUGACGAUGGCAGCCUGCGAUAUGUUGGGCGAAAGGACAGGCAGGUAAAGAUCAAUGGCCAGCGCGUUGAACUCCAGGAAGUAGAGAGUAAGGCGCAAGAGUUCUCCAAAGAUAGGGCUAUGGUGGUAGACGUGGUCAGUAUUGGCAGCGUCGAGGACGCCACAAUUCUCGCAUUGUUUGUUGAAGAGCCCGAGAGCGUCCCAAACUCUGACGAUAAGACCGAGCCGAGUCCUCAGGGCUUCUUGAAGGGGUUGAAAUCUUGGCUUCGCAGCGAAUUACCUCCGUUCAUGGUCCCGGACCUUUAUAUCCCGCUGAAUCGCUUUCCGUUGACACGCACAGGAAAGCUAGACCGCAGAGCAUUGAGAGACCAGGCAGCGCACUUUGCAGCGUCGAAGGGCAGGUGUCAAGAUCGCCACGGUGAGGUUGUGGCUAUCAAGGAAACAUUCGAGACUGAUGUGGAAAUCCUGCAGAUGUUGAGUUACAUCUUCGCUAAAGUCCUCGGGCUGCCCGAGGGCCGCGUUGCACCGCACGACGAAUUCUUCUUGCUUGGAGGGAAUUCGGUCCUUGCCAUCAAAUUGGUUGAGCUCGCGAGGGAAGAAGGGCUUGCGGUGACGGUUGCCGAUAUUCUUACUCUUCAAUCCCCCAUCAACCUAGCAACGGUCGUGAAAAUGGCCGAGGCAUCGCGGCCCAUUGAACUAUUGGAGUUGGUGGAUACCACCCAAGUCUCCUUGAAACUUGCAACGGCCGAAUAUCAAUUGAGAGAGCUUGAAGACGUAUAUCCCUGUACACCGAUGCAGGAAGCAAUGAUGACAUUUUCAAGCCUGAACACUGACGCAUUCAUCGCAACGUUUGUCUUUCACCUCCCAACCUCGCUCGAAAAAUCGCGGUUCACAGCGGCCUGGAACCAGAUCAUCAAGAACGUUCCAGUAUUACGAACUCGCAUCGUUCAGGCUGAUGACGAUCGUCUGCUUCAAGUUAUCGAGAAAGAGCCUGAGGAACUGCUGAUGUUCGACUCGUUCGAGCAAUGCCAACGAGAGAUGGGUCAGUAUGGAAUGACUCUCGGCUCUUCUUUGGCACGGGCUGCCCUCAUCACCCCUCGGGAAGAGCCACCCUCGUUCUUCAUUCUAAGGAUGCACCAUGCAGUCUUUGAUGGGUGGUCGUAUGUCCAGCUCUUGCAAGACCUCGAGGAUGUAUACCUGGGUCGUCCUAUACCGCAGCGACCAUCCUUCCGUAACUUCAUUGGCUAUAUCAUGAAACAAGACGCCUCAUCAGCCGUGGAGUUUUGGAGAAAUGAAUUUGCUGAUCUUCAGGCCGUCACCUUCCCCGAUCGACCGACUGGGUGGUCAGCUCCGCGACAUGCAACCAUGAUGAAACACCGCAUCCAGGCGGACAAGCUGAGUAGGAAUGGGCCAGUAGCCCACCAGGUUCAAUUGGCCUGGGCCAUGGUGAUCUCCAGCCAUACAAAUUCCAAUGAUGUCGUUUUUGGGACCACCGUGUCGGGGCGCAAUGCUUCUGUUGUGGGCGUUGAACGAAUGAUAGGGCCCACUAUUGCUACGUUCCCUUGGCGCAUCCGGUUGAAACCAGAGGACACAGUGCAGAAAACACUCGGAGAGAUUCAAAGCCACAACGUGGCAUUAAUUCCCUUCGAGCAGACCGGACUGCAGCAGAUUCGCGGAAGCAGCUCAGAGGCAGCCGUCGCGUGUGACUUCCAAACCUUACUCACUAUCCAUCCGCAUCCUAUCCAGAGUCCGGCAAAUAUCUUAGAGGAUUCCCCCGAUAAUCGAGGCGAGCAAUGUAAAUUCUCUUCGCAUAUCCUAACGCUGAUCGUGAGCCCUGGGGUGCACGGCAUGGAGGUAGAGGCCAUAUUCGAUGCGUCGGUCCUCUUGCCCUCUACUGUGGGGCGGCUUUUGGAGCAAUUCGAAGAGGUUAUGGCUCAAAUUUCGUGCAGACCAACCUCCAAGAUAAGCGCCAUUAGUGUUCUGAGUCCUCAGGAUCAGCGGCAAAUCAGCAAUUGGAAUCCCGAAGUUUUGUUGAGCAAGCCGCAGUGUAUGCACGACCUCAUCAAUAACUCUUGUCACAGUUUUCCAGGACACUCUGCGGUUCAUGCGUGGGACGGCGAAUUCACAUAUGGAGAGCUCCAGCAACUUGCUUGCUCGGUUGCAGACCACCUUCAGUCCCUCGACGUGGGGCCAGAGACUAUCGUCGCCAUCUGCAUGGAAAAGUCUCGAUGGCUGCCUGUGGCCGUUACUGGCGUCCUGAUGUCAGGGGCAGCAUUCGUUCUGCUUGAACCAACUUUCCCCAUUCAGCGGCUCCAGCUCAUGUGUCAAGAGACCGGGGUGAAUGUCGCUGUCUCGUCCCAUACCACGUUCCCCAUCUGCCAAGAUCUCGCUCGAGAUGUGGUUUUGGUGUCUGAAGACACUAUAAAUCAGCAAAAUCGCGCGAGCUGGAAGCAACCUGUAGUCAGUCCGCACAACGCCAUGUACGUUGCAUUUACCUCCGGGUCCACAGGUGCCCCCAAGGGUGCUGUCAUCGAGCAUGGCAUGUGCUGGUCCACAUAUGAGGCUUACCGCAGCGACUUGUCCAUUACAAGCGCCUCUCGCGUCCUGCACUUUGCAUCACUCGCUUUUGACGCCGCAGUAUUCGAGUUCGUGUUUACGCUGGCCGCAGGAGCUUGUCUCUGUGUGCCAUCCGAAGACCAGCGAGUGAGCGAUGUAGCUGGCGCUAUCGCAGAUUUUAAUGUCAAUUGGGCCCUGUUAACCCCAUCGGUGGCCCGCACACUCUCUCCAGCCGAGAUUCCCUCUGUAAACACUCUUGGGCUGGCUGGAGAGCCAGUGAUGCCCACCGACCUGCAAGCGUGGUGUGGCCAUGUCCGGUUAAUCGGAAUGUAUGGCCCCGCAGAAGCUAGCAUUUUCACGACGCUCGUGGAGUUUGCCCGGGAAGAUGAAGAUGCGACCAACAUUGGAAGAUCUAAGAAUAGCAGCUGCUGGGUGGUCCACCCGGAUAAUCAUCACCAACUUCAGCCUGUGGGGGCAGUAGGAGAGCUGCUCAUUGCCGGCCCCAACGUUGGGCGAGGCUAUCUCAACCGUCCUGAACAAACUCAGCUGGCGUUCAUCCCCGAACCCGCCUGGGUGGCGGACUUUGCUGUGGCACAGAAUAGUCAGAUGUACAAAACCGGGGAUCUAGUGCGGUACCAGACUGAUGGCACAUUGCAGAUCUUGGGUCGAAAAGAUGCACAAAUCAAGCUUCGUGGGCAACGGAUCGAGCUCCGAGAGAUUGAGAUUUGCGCCGAGCGUGUGAUGCCAACGAUGAUAGCGGUGGCUGAUCUCAUUGCGCUUCCUGACCCAAAGAUCAUUCUGUUACUCGCAAGCAAGCACCAGCCCUCCUCCUACUCCUAUUCCUCCUCCUCUGCUGGCGACAACAGUGUACCACUGUUCCUGAUGCCAACGGAUCCUGUUCAUUGCCAGAGGGUAGCCGCCAUAACCCAUCUCAAAGAGCUCCUGCCCAAGUUUAUGAUUCCAUCCAUCAUACUCUCUUUACAUCAUCUUCCGCUCACACCUUCCGGUAAAAUCGACCGUCGAUUGCUCAGAGUGGAGGCUUGCAAAUUCUAUCAAGGGACUUGCAAUGGGACAUCAGACCUCGCGGCGCCGAAACGAGAAGCAUCGAACGACAAAGAGCGACUGAUUCGCGAUAUUUUCGCCAAGGUACUGGCCUUGCAAAGUCACUCAAUUGGUAUGAAUGACAGCUUCUUCGACCUGGGAGGAGAUUCAAUCUCGGCCAUGCGAGUGAUUAGUUUAUGCCGAAAGGUGAACUUGGCUCUUCAGAUGUCAGAGUUUGUCCUUCACAAUUCUGUGGCUCUCGUGUGCCAAAAGGCCAGGUCAAUCAGCUCACCUAUGAAGGUGGUUCUCGACGAGCCGUGGAGACCUUUCCCCUUAGGCCCCAUCCAGGAUAUGCUGGUCCCAAUGACUUACGAGCAACUGUCGGCACUGGAGCGGGAAAUCCGGCUGCGGCUCGAUAUCCCUUGCGUGUCCUCCAUAGAGACCAUCUAUCCCUGUCCCGAUGCUCACGCUGGUCUUGUUAGUGGCCUAACGGGGAAGGCCGCCAGCCAUACCAUCCGCUUAACUUGGCAGAUCCAAUCCACCGCAGUGACCAUUGAUGCACCAGCUGUGGCAAACGCCUGGCGUCGAUUGAUCAGAAACCAUGCCAUUUUACGCACAAGUCUCGUGUCUUGCCCCAUGUCUGGUCGGAUCUUCCAUGUGGUCCUGAAAGAUCCAAGGGCCGAUGUCCACGUUGUGCCACAAUUGAUUACCUCGCAUGAAGACUUACAGAACCUGCCGCGGCUCCUUUCCUGGGAUAGCUCACCAGCCCACCGGUUCGCCGUGGGCCAGACGUAUGAUGGACGGAUAUUUGCUUUCCUAGAAACAGGAAAAGCCUAUAUUGAUGCCAACACGUUGCUGCUCUUGCAGCAGGAGCUAUCAGCGGAGCUUCUUGGGGAGGUUCCAAGGUCCAGUGGUCCUUUGUAUUGCGAUUACGUCGCCCAUCUGGUCCAAAAAGCCAGUCCGAAUCUUCAGGAGUACUGGAACACUGCCUUGGCAGGCAUGCAGCCCUGCCUCUUCCCAGCCUUAGUGGCGAUGCCCCUGCAGGGGGGUCCCCCUGCCAUGUACACCGUCCGAUCCAAGAUGCGUCGGCCCGACGAACUCAACUCCUUCUGGCGAUCUAACAGCUUGACAGUGACCAAUAUCUUCCAGCUCGCAUGGGCAUUGGUCCUUCAGCAAUACUGCCAUUCCUCGGACGUGUGCUUUGGGUCAGUUGUAUCGGGCCGCGAUAUCUCUAUGCCUGGCAUUUCCCGGGUCGUAGGUCCCUGUUUUAACGUCCUUCCGUGCCGUCUCACUCUGAAGCCCGAUCAAAAGAUCAUUCAUUGGCUGCGCCACAACCAGAUAGAAAUAGAUCGCCGCGUCGAGAAUCAACAUUGCUCGACACCAGAAACCUUACGCGCUGCAGGGCUUCGCGAUGUGCAGGCUUUUAACACCUGUCUCAGCGUCCAACCUCCACUGUUCAGCCAUUCCAACCAGAUUGAGUUUCAGUUGUUAGAGAAUCAUGAUCCAAGCGAAGUCGAAGUCCAUUUACGGCACUGGGAUUCCCUUUGUACCGGUGAACAGGCGACGCAAAUUCUUGAAUGCUUCUUGCGAGCGGUCUCUGCUAUUAUGAAGCAUUCCGAGGAGACUCUCAUGCACCUGAAUUGCUUGGAGUAG